CUCUCUUCUUCGUGCACAAGACACUACACGCUCGCUACCCGCUCUUCAGUUCCCGGAACCGCUUAAACGCCCCAUAUAUCCAUCUGGCAUACACAAACCAAAAUGGCGCAAACACCACAACAACGUCAGGCAAACAUGCGUUUCGCCAAGGCGCAAGAGAAGAAGAUGGGCCAACCCGUGUCAACAGAGCCUGUAGUGAAGAAGCGGGCGCCCCAGAAGAGCCCCAUCAGCAGGUUCUGGAUCAUCGUUCUUGCUUUCAUACUAGUCGGCGGUCUUCUUUUCGAGGUCCUUAAGCUCUUCUUUUAAAAGGAACGAGUAAUGUGAUGUAAUUCAUUACUUAUCGAACGGACGAAUACAAACUCAGCCUUGACUUAUAGUUGGCAAUGUCAAGAUUUGGGGGCUGGACAUACAAGGCACACGAACGGUGACCACGGCGGAGAGAAGCUUUGAAGAGCUUGGAGGGGUAGCAGGUCUAGAGACCACUUUCUUGCGUCAAUUACAUAGGGCAAACGGCGUUAUAGAGGCAGCAUUGCGGUAUUGGGAGAGCUUGGAAUAGCCGAUAUCAUGGUAUUGAGGUUUUGGAAUCUUAUCUGUUCAAGAUCAAGACACAUUGCAACGUGCUUGAACUACUGCUCCUCUGGCGCAUCUGC